GCAACAUGGUGGACCAUCCUGAGUUUGAGAAGGCUGGCCAGCAGGCGGGCCUGCAGAUGUGGAGGAUUGAGAAGUUUGACCUGGUGGCCGUGCCAGAGAACCUGUAUGGAAGCUUCUACACGGGAGACGCCUACCUCAUCCUCAACACUAUCAAGCAGCGCUCCGGGAACCUGCAGUAUGACCUGCACUUCUGGCUGGGUGAGGACAGAACCAGGAGCAGGAUGGGUUGCAUUACAAACCCUGGUGGAUAUGAUUGAUGUCAUAUAAAUACUUUUACUAGAAUGGGCAUCCUCCUUCAAGUCACUGUGACUUGUGGUGGGUGUGUACUGUAAUUCUAUCUCAGUGAUUGAUGUGCACAGACAGAAUGCUGAGUCAGGCCCAUGUCAUUGUAUUGAUCAUGCCUGCGUCUAGGCAGCCUGUUAGAUAGAACCUUAGCAGAAUGUUAUGGGAAAUGGACUAAGUGAGUGAUACUCAAACUUGGUUCAUUCGAUGUACCGGUAUGUGUCCAUUGAGUUUUGCUUUAGGGAAAUAGUCAUCCAUGACAUCUGUGGAAUCUAGCAGACUAAGCAGCCAAUGGGGGUUGGGCCUCCGUUGACAAAGACAAGAGAGCAAACGUUACAAUUCAGAGUGUGAGUUUAACCUCUGUGGUUUCUCUGCUCCAGGCGACUUCUGCACCCAGGAUGAGAGUGGAGCAGCAGCCAUCUUCACUGUCCAGAUGGAUGACCAUCUGGGAGGUAAACCCAUCCAGUACCGUGAGGUCCAGGGACAUGAGUCCAAAGUAUUCCUGGGUUACUUCAAGGCUGGAUUGAAGUACUUGGUGAGGAGAUGUUAUUUGAGAUGACAAUUAUAAUUUUAUUUGAUAGUUUUAGCAUUAUUGCUACAAAUCCUGGCCAUGACACACAUAAUAUUGCAUUCAUACCUCAGGCAGGGGUAUUGUUAUAAACUAUACAGUAGUCUCUAUACCUAAAUGGCUUUGGAGUACAUCAACCUUUUAAUGGGAAUAAAGUAUGCCCUCCUUGUAUUAUCCCCUUGUUGGGAUAAUAAAGUUAAUCUAAUCUAAUGGAGGAAAUAUGCCCUAGAAAUGUGAAUGGCUCCAUAAUAACUGUGCCAUAUCUUUUGUCACUGUUUUAGAAAGGAGGCGUAGCAUCUGGGUUCAAACAUGUUGUUACCAACGAGGUGGUUAUGCAGCGGCUGCUACAGGUCAAAGGUCGGCGUGUUGUCAGGGCGACGGAGGUGCCUGUCAGCUGGGACAGCUUCAACCAGGGAGACUGCUUCAUCCUGGACCUGGGCAGCGUGAGUUACCAUUAGCAUCCUCCUUCAAGUCACUGUGACUUGUGGUGGGUGUGUACUGUAAUUCUAUCUCAUUGAUUGAUGUGCACAGACAGAAUGCUGAGUCAGUAUACUUUUAACUUCAUAGUACAUAGCGUCAUCAAACAUUGGCGGGACAUUUCAAUAAAAUAAACAGAGAGAAAAGAGAAACUUAAGAGAAAAGACAAACUUUUAAUAGAGAGAUUGUCUGAAUACAAUUAAAAUUCAUGCAAACGAAUUCCUGGUCGAUGCUGACCACAUCACUUGUCCUCUUUGUUGUGUAUCCCUCCUCCCACAGGAGAUCUACCAGUGGUGUGGCUCCCAGAGCAACCACUUUGAGAAGCUGAAGGCCACUCAGGUUGCCAAGGGUAUCCGUGACAAUGAGCGCAGUGGGCGAGCCCGCGUGUACGUGUGUGACGACGGGGCAGAGAGAGACAAGAUGAUAGAGGUGAGAUCAUAAACAGCUAAAGAACAGGAGAGUCUUCUUACUCUCUUUAUCUCUCUUUGUUUCUGUGAUUGGUUGAUGCUUAUUAUGGUGUUUAAUGGUGCAUAAUGGACUUUUGAAUAAACUCCAGCUGUGGUUAAAGCAUUGUUUAAUUUUCUAAAGUAUAUCUAAAAGGGAUCUUCUCUGUGCGUCUUCAGGUUCUGGGAGAUAAACCCGACCUUCCUGAAGGAUCUUCUGAUGACAUCAAAGCAGAUGCCUCAAACAGGAAGAUGGCCAAACUGUACAAGGUGUGAAUACAGUGAACAAUCUACUGAAACCAAGACCAACUGGUCUAGCUGCAUUAUGAGAACAUCUCAUAUAGACCCUGAGGACUUUUCACAUACACGUCUCUGAUCUCUCCUCUAAAAUUCUUCCUCUGUCGCUCCUCCUCUCCCCCAGGUGUCAAAUGCCAGUGGAGACAUGGCCAUGUCCAUGGUGGCAGCAGAGAACCCAUUCUCUCAGAGUGCCUUGGAGUCCAGCGACUGCUUCAUCCUGGAUCACGGCUCCGACGGCAAGAUCUUCAUCUGGAAAGGUCAGCUGGGGUCACCCAAUAUCAAAGACGUUUAUGAUCAGCUGAUUUUUCACAGUUUGUAACACUCUCCACCAAUUCAGCCAGUCAAUGAAAGCAUAACACUGUAGCUGGACUUGUUUUGGCAUGGUAUGGCUGCUGUCAUGUCCAUUUGGUAACACAUAGCAUUACAGACCACAUUUAGAGAAUGAGACAUUGUCUUGGACAGUGUCAUAUGAUGAACUUCAACAGAGAGUAUAUGAUGACUAGGUGAAAAAUCUGUCGAUGUGCCCUUGAGCAAGGCACUUAACCCUAAUUGCUCCUGUAAGUCACUCUGGAUAAGAGCGUCUGCUAAAUGACUAAAAAUAAAAUAAAUAAAAUAAUGCAACCAGGGGCGUAAUUUCAGCUUAACCUCCAAGGAAGUUUUAUAAAAUUGAAGCUCAUUUACUGCAUUUUUACACCAUUUAAAAACUGUAAAAUGCUAUUUGGAGAACAGCAAAAACAACUUUCAGCCAUUAUCACCUUGUUGCUGUAGCUUCUUUCACCUCCGUCAAUAGGGGACUUAACAUUCUACAAACACGUCAUAAAAUAAUUAGUUGCUACGCACUAGCUCAGCACCGGGAUUAAAACUCUAGUUUAGUUUAAUGUGAAGUCAAACAGCAGUUACCUAGCCAAAGCCAUCUACUAUAGCCAUCUUUACCUCUGCACUGUUUUGAGAAAAAUUCUUGCUAUUCCCUGCAGCUGCAUCGAAGCGCUUUCCAUAAAGCCAGCCAGCUACACAAACACCCUUCCCUCCAACUCUCAGGUGUCCGCAUAGUUCUAAAGUCAGCCUUCUAAUACCACUAAACUGCAUUUGCCUUUUAAUCGUGAUUGGAAUGAUUUUAGUAGUCUAUUUUAAAUUGUUGGUGUUGAGCUAAGGUAUUGCGACUGCCAUACCCAAUUGAUGCCACUGGAUGCAACUGAAAGGUGUUGUUCUUAUUUCAAAAGAUAACUGUCCUCCGUUAUUUUUCAGUCUUUAUAGUUUCUAAGUGGUUGAAUUCAUUAAACCCACUUUUUGUAUUUCUCUCCCCUCUUCCACACACUCUUACCCAGGCAAAGAAGCCAACCUGGAUGAGCGUAAGGCAGCCAUGAAGGCAGCAGAUGAGUUCAUCAAGAAGAUGGGCUACCCUAAACACACCCAGGUGCAGAUCCUGCCGGAGAUGGGAGAGACGCCUCUCUUCAAACAGUUCUUCAAGAACUGGCGUGACAAGGACCAGACGGAGGGUCUGGGUGUGGCCUAUGUCUCCAACAGCAUCGCCAAGCUAGAGAAGGUGCCAUUUGAUGCUGCCACGCUCCACGACUCCCCCGCCAUGUCUGCCCAGCACGGCAUGGUGGACGGCGGCAACGGAGACAAGCAGGUGGGUGGACAAGACGAACGGCUGGUCCUGUGCCCACAUUGUACAGCAAGCCUUCCCAGUAAUCUUUCUUAGAGUAACUAUCAGGAUGAGUAUUGCUGUGAGUAACUAUCAACUUUAUGUAUUAGGGAUAUCAUACAGUAAUAAGCAUUCUGUGAGCUAAUCUAUGUAGACUGUGAGGGAGGUAUGCUAGGGUUUCAGCCCAAUGCAGCCAGUAGAGGAAGGAUACUAAAGUAGGAAAUCUCUGAUGAACAGAUAGCAACGAAAUGAAAGGGGUAUGAAUUUGUAUUUACAUACAGUACAGUGGGGAAAAAAAGUAUUUAGUCAGCCACCAAUUGUGCAAGUUCUCCCACUUAAAAAGAUGAGAGAGGCCUGUAAUUUUCAUCAUAGGUACACGUCAACUAUGACAGACAAAAUGAGAUUUUUUUCUCUCCAGAAAAUCACAUUGUAGGAUUUUUUUAUGAAUUUAUUUGCAAAUUAUGGUGGAAAAUAAGUAUUUGGUCAAUAACUAAAGUUUCUCAAUACUUUGUUAUAUACCCUUUGUUGGCAAUGACACAGGUCAAACGUUUUCUGUAAGUCUUCACAAGGUUUUCACACACUGUUGCUGGUAUUUUGGCCCAUUCCUUCAUGCAGAUCUCCUCUAGAGCAGUGAUGUUUUGGGGUUGUCGCUGGGCAACACAGACUUUCAACUCCCUCCAAAGAUUUUCUAUGGGGUUGAGAUCUGGAGACUGGCUAGGCCCCUCCAGGACCUUGAAAUGCUUCUUACGAAGCCACUCCUUCGUUGCCCGGGCAGUGUGUUUGGGAUCAUUGUCAUGCUGAAAGACCCAGCCACGUUUCAUCUUCAAUGCCCUUGCUGAUGGAAGGAGGUUUUCACUCAAAAUCUCACAAUACAUGGCCCCAUUCAUUCUUUCCUUUACACGGAUCAGUCGUCCUGGUCCCUUUGCAGAAAAACAGCCCCAAAGCAUGAUGUUUCCACACCCAUGCUUCACAGUAGGUAUGGUGUUCUUUGGAUGCAACUCAGCAUUCUUUGUCCUCCAAACACGACGAGUUGAGUUUUUACCAAAAAGUUCUAUUUUGGUUUCAUCUGACCAUAUGACAUUCUCCCAAUCCUCUUCUGGAUCAUCCAAAUGCACUCUAGCAAACUUCAGACGGGCCUGGACAUGUACUGGCUUAAGCAGGGGGACACGUCUGGCACUGCAGGAUUUGAGUCCCUGGCGGCGUAGUGUGUUACUGAUGGUAGUGUUUGUUACUUUGGUCCCAGCUCUCUGCAGGUCAUUCACUAGGUCCCCCCGUGUGGUUCUGGGAUUUUUGCUCACCGUUCUUGUGAUCAUUUUGACCCCACGGGGUGAGAUCUUGCGUGGAGCCCCAGACCGAGGGAGAUUAUCAGUGGUCUUGUAUGUCUUCCAUUUCCUAAUAAUUGCUCCCACAGUUGAUUUCUUCAAACCAAGCUGCUUACCUAUUGCAGAUUCAGUCUUCCCAGCCUGGUGCAGGUCUACAAUUUUGUUUCUGGUGUCCUUUGACAGCUCUUUGGUCUUGGCCAUAGUGGAGUUUGGAGUGUGACUGUUUGAGGUUGUGGACAGGUGUCUUUUAUACUGAUAACAAGUUCAAACAGGUGCCAUUAAUACAGGUAACGAGUGGAGGACAGAGGAGCCUCUUAAAGGAGAAGUUACAGGUCUGUGAGAGCCAGAAAUCUUGCUUGUUUGUAGGUGACCAAAUACUUAUUUUCCACCAUAAUUUGCAAAUAAAUUCAUUAAAAAUCCUACAAUGUGAUUUUCUGGAAAAAAUAUUCUCAAUUUGUCUGUCAUAGUUGACGUGUACCUAUGAUGAAAAUUACAGGCCUCUCUCAUCUUUUUAAGUGGGAGAACUUGUACAAUUGGUGGCUGACUAAAUAAUUUUUUUCCCCACUGUAUAUAGCUCUGUUUUGGUAGCCUGCCACCACUAGGGGUCACAUAAUGUGUAUGUUUAUGUACAGAUCUGGCGUAUUGAGGGAUCAGACAAGGUAGAAGUGGACCCCUCCACACACGGACAGUUCUAUGGCGGAGACAGUUACAUCAUCCUCUAUAACUACCACCAUGGAGGACGCCAAGGGCACAUCAUCUACAUGUGGUAAGACAGACACUAAAGUAAAAGUACAAUGAAACAGUAGAGAGACCAUCAGAAGAGAUACAUUGCUAACUAGAAUAUCUCUCAGGCAAGGAAGUGACUCUUCCCAGGACGAAAUUGGUGCUUCAGCCAUCUUGGGUGCCCAGUUGGACGAUGAGCUUGGUGGUGGGCCUGUGCAGGUAAUGAAUGUGUGUUUGUGAGUGGGUGUGUAUAGAAGAAGUGGCUUUCUUUUCCCAUCGCAUAUUCCUUUUUUCUAUGGUUUCCUCUUAGCCUCAUCAGUCCAGUAACCUCCUUCCUUACCAGUGUGUCACUCUCCCUCUUCCUCCUCUCCCUCCUCCUCUCAUUGCUUCCUGUCCUUCAUUUGCUUCCUGUUUGUCUCUCCAGGUUGCAGGUGCUCCUAUUACCACCCAGGUACUCUCCUCUCAGGGCUGUAGAACUCAGUACAGAGCAGUGUAUUUAACUGAUAUGGCUCAAUGUGUUUACAGAGAAAUCAGCUGGUUCAAAUCAACAGGGACCCCAAACAGGACAUUCCAGGGCCAUGUUUAUGAGGGAGUUCCCUUUAUCCUCUCUGAUUUUGUUGCUUCACCACUCUGACACAUAGUUACUGUUCCCAGACGAGCCAAUUCCCAGACCUGUUGUAGGGACAAAGAGCUGUCUUGCUUGUCCCUAUGAGAUGUAUAGAGGCCACCAGUGAUUCGAGGUCAGCGUUUCCCAAACGUUUUGGUUUUUGCCCUAGCACUACACAGCUGAUUUAAAUAAGGAACUCAUCAUCAACCUUUGAUUAUUUGAAUUAGCUGUGUAGUGCUAGAGCAACAACCAAAACAUGCACACCUUGGGGUCCCCAGGACCGAGUUUGGGAAACGCCGUUCUAGGUUGUCUUAUAUACUGCAGUUCUUUAUGAUUUAGCUAGAUCAUGCCUUGGCUCUGUAUAAGGUUCCAUGCACUGGGAAUGUCUGCGACCACCUCUUUCUGUGUUUCUGUCUGUUUGUGCCUGUCAGUGUCUCACCUUCCUGUCUAUAGACAGGGUGAAAAAGUGGGAUCUGCAAUACGUAGUUAUUUAAUUGAUGUGUUAUAAUGCAUGACUAACAGUAAAGCCCACCAGGGUGGAAACUUCAGGCACAAACCUGUUUCUGUUCCAUCAAACUGUUCAUGAUGUCUAACAGCUGAUGACACACAUCAUCAUACAUACAUUUGUAACAGUGUGAUUCAUAGUCAUGCAACAGAAACAGAAUUUAGAGGAACUCAAUGAAUGGAAAUACAUGGCAAUUAGUAAUCACACUAAACAUCCAAGAUUGCAACAUUGCCUCACACGUUUUCAGUACAGAGGUAGACUUCUUCAUUAACUCUAAUCUCUCCGAUUAGUAGUCUCCAAUUUUGAAAGCAAAAAAUACUGAACAAGGCUUUGUGCAGGCUCACGCAGGUCCCAAAAUGACAGGAAUGGUGUUAAGAGGAGAACAAAUGCACUCUUCAGUGACUAAACAGUGAUAAAUGAACAUAGUCAGAUUUUGGAUAGCCCAUCUCUGGUGAUAGUUAGGGACUAUCAAUAAAUUACACAAUGUAAGCGGGAUAAUAUUUUCAUGUUCCACAUCUUUUAGUUGUCUCAUUAAAUGCUUUCAAUAUUUGUAUAUGAUUUUCUACAAUUUAUAGUUGAUUUUAGGUUUUUAAGUCAUUGACAUUUGAAGCUAUGGACCUUUUAAAAUAUUGUCCCAUGUACAUUGUGUAAUUUACUGAUGGUCCCUAACUUGCCCCCAUAGGGAGAUCGAAUGUCAAACCAAAUUGACCAUGGGCAUUACGUUUGGGUCGCAUGCAGCUGCACUCUGAAUUGACGAUUACUUGGGUGCUGCCAGCUGUGGGAAGGAUUCAAAUUAACCCAACCCACGGAAAACUGUUACUGUACCCGUCAUUCCGUGACAUACUAAACAAUUUUUUCCUAUCAUCUCGCAAAUCUCAGUUUUGGACGAGACUGACACUAUUUACACUUUGUAGUUAAUUUUUACACUGAAAUACAUUUUUCUGACUGAUAUCGAUGCCAGGACAUUUUCUAAACAAGAAGUUGCUUUUUAGGAGCAGUUGCUCUUUAAGGGGAGGGGGAGAGAGCAGGCUUCUUUGUGCUGGCAGAUGUCGUGUCAAGCUUGCUGCAUCCACUAAACAUGACGUCCUGCUGUCAGCCAGCCAGCCAGACAGACACACAGCAUGCUGGGAGAGUAGGGUGGGGAGCGCUGUAGAACACUUGGCGCUUAGUGUUUUCGUGCCUUGUUGUUCAGAGCUCACUGCUGCCACCCUGUGGGACAUUUUUGCAGACACAUGCAAGGCUGCGUUGCAAUUAUGUCCGUAGAUUUCCAAAUAGAUGUAAUUAAAUACAAUUAUAUUCUUCCAAAUAUCCACUGCUUUUUGUUUUUCACCGCAUCGGCCCAUGUUGACCAAUACUUCCCACAGUUGUGUCAAGUUGGCUAGAUGUCCUUUGGGUGGUGGACCAUUCUUGAUGCACACGGGAAACUGUUGAGCGUGAAAAACCCAGCAGCGUUGCAGUUCUUGAUACAAACCGGUGCGCCUGCCACCUACUACCAUACCCCGUUCAAAGGCACUUAAAUGUUUUGUCUUGCCCAUUCACUCUCUGAAUGGCACACAUACACAAUCCAUGUCUCAAUUGUCUAAAGGAUUAAAAAUCCUUCUUUGACCUGUCUCCUCCCCUUUAUCUACACUGAUUUUAAAUGGAUUUAAUAAGUGACAUCAAUAAGGGAUCAUAGCUUUCACCUGGAUUAAAAAUCCAAGCUAAUCAUGGCUACCCGGACUAUUUGCAUUGUCCCCUCCACCCCACCCCUUCUUUUUACGCUGCUGCUACUCUCUGUUUAUUAUCUCUGCAUAGUCACUUUAACUCUACCCGCAUGUACAUAUUACCUCAAUUACCUCGACUAACCGGUGCCCCCGCACAUUGACUCUGUACCGGUACCCCCUGUAUAUAGCCUCCCUACUGUUAUUUUAUUUUACUGCUGCUCUUUAAUUAUUUGUUAUUGUUUACUUAUCUAUUUUUUACUUAACAUGCAUUGUUGGUUAAGGGCUUGUAAGUAAGCAUUUCACUGUAAGGUCUACACCUGUUGUAUUCGGCGCAUAUGGCAAAUAAAAGCUGAUUUGAUUUGAUUCACCUGGUCAGUCUAUGUCAUGGAAAUGUUCUGUAUACUCAGUGUAACUAGUUUGCUCUGUGUGGUCCAGGUGAGGGUGGUCCAGGGCAAGGAGCCAGCUCACCUCAUGAGCCUCUUCGGGGGGCAGCCCAUGGUGGUGUACAAGGGAGGUACGUCCAGAGAUGGGGGCCAGUCCGCCCCCGCAGAAACACGACUCUUCCAGGUGCGCUCCAACUCUGCAGGGUGCACAAGAGCUGUGGAGGUGAGUGACAUGGGGACAAUGCCUCUCAUAUUUCAGAAAUUAGCUACUAAACUGCAAUAUAUUUACAGACAUGACACUCGUGGUCAUUUUCUACCCACCAUGUCUCAUCCACCUCUAGAUUGAUGCUGUGUCCUCCAACCUGAACUCCAACGAUGCCUUCCUCCUGGUGACUCCUGGAGCCUCCUUCGUGUGGGUUGGCCAGGGGGCCAGUGACACUGAGAAAAAUGGCACACAGCAGCUCUGUGUUAUCCUGGGGGUGUCCUCCUCAGAACUGCCUGAGGGCGGAGAGACCGGUAUGUACAUUGUACCAAUGGACAUUGGCUUUUCUUUGCUCUGUGGCUGUCUGUGGCAUGUCCUAGCUAACUGACUAUUGUGUGUCUCUAUGCAGAUGAUUUCUGGGAGGCUCUGGGAGGGAAGUCAGCGUACCGCACCUCCUCCAGACUCAGAAGCAAUGACAAGAUGGACGCCCAUCCACCCAGGCUCUUCGCCUGCUCCAACAAGACUGGAAACUUCAUUGUGAGUCCCAUUAUUAUUACCAUAAGCCAUUCAUGGUUAAACCUUUAACCCUGGUUUUUCUAAUGCCUUGUCGACUUCUCCACCCAGAUUGAGGAGGUGCCUGGGGAGAUGACCCAAGAAGAUCUGGCCACUGAUGAUGUCAUGAUCCUGGACACAUGGGAUCAGGUAGAUAAAUUAGCAUGUGGUAUUUUCUGAGAUGUGAACGUUAUUAAGUAUGCAGAUAUAGGACCUUAAUUUGACCUAUACUUUAACAGCAAAAUAAGGUGGACGAAAGUAGACUACAUAAAAAGUGCAAUACUCUUAAUAUAACCCUGUCUUAGUGUGGGUUGUCAGUGAAUUUAUGUAAAUCACAAAGCUCAUCAGCAUUUCCUGCGGUAAAGGAACAUUCUCAGCAACAAAAGAGUGAUCAAAUUAAGAUCCUACACCUGCACAGUAACACAAUGGAUAACAGAUGAAUUGCUGUACAUAGUCUAAUAAAAGUUGAAUAUCCUCUUCUAGGUGUUUGUCUGGAUCGGGAAUGAAGCCCAGGAAGAGGAGAAGACUGAGGCGAUGGCCUCCGGUAAGUAAUAAAAUGCAAAACAACUGCUAAAUUUAACAAAUUCUUAAUUAAUUAUCUUGUAGACGUUUUUACAUAGAGAAUGUUCAUGCCAUCUUGCUUUUUUGAGUGCAUUACUCAAGACCAAAAUCAUUUGAUUGAGAAGCUUCCCACUGGGAAAACUGCUCUCUAUAGAACUACAAUUUAAUCCCCUCCUCCCCCAGCUGUGCGUUACAUUGAGACGGACCCUGCCAACCGUGACCGCAGGACACCCAUCGUGAAGAUCAAGCAAAGGUUCGAGCCACCCACGUUCUCCGGCUGGUUCCUGGGCUGGGACCAUGAGUACUGGACCAGCAACCCCCUGGAGCGGGCCAUGGCUGAGCUGGAGCUGUGAACCGUCACCUUUAACCCCUAACCCUGCCGCCUGGCUUUACCGCACGCACUGAGCAGCUCCAGUCAUGAGACUUUCAAUGGGGAAGCCUCUAUGCCCCGCCAACCUCCUUUCUUCUGACUGCCAGUGGGAGAAUGAUUUUUGUUGAAUUUUUAAAAUUUUGAAAGAAAUGUGUCAAAGAAUAUUGAGCUUUUAGGUUUGAAUGUGUUGCUUUGAUUAGAGAGUAGAAGAGGCUUUCAUACCCCUGUAUAUCUGAUACAGAGCACAGGUGCACUAUCGCAACGCCAUUAAGGUACUGUGAUAGACUAGCUCUACUCCCCCACCACAUGUAAAACAUAUGUUUCUCAUUUCAUGUUUUCGUAUUGUCAUGAUAAUGUUUUGUGUCAUUAUUUCAGCCCACCCCUGCUUCUAAAUUCAUCCAAGGAUAUUUAGGAGCAGUGACCAAUGGAUUCUCCUGAUAAUAAACUGGAGACUUUAUUAGCUUUUAUACAUAUGGAAAUAAGCAUGCAAGUGACCAAUAACAAGGGCUUUAAUGGAACCACAGGCUUAGAUAAGGCUUUGCACCUGCUACAAUCUGCAUGGAGAUUGAAAUAUAUUUUUUGUAUGAGAUAUUUUCUACGUGUUUUCUACGAUGCCAACAACAGUAGGCUGUUUCUAUUCAGUAUCUCACCAUUAAGAAACCUAGCAUAUUACAAUCAUCUGAACCAAGA